CAUGUACAUCCAGUGCACAGGGAAUGCUGAGGGGAGAAAUGCCGCCAUGCCCCUAAUGAUAAACCCUGUUACUUAUAACUAUGGAGGGGGGUGGCUGCCAGUCGUGGUGCCAACAGUUUCUGCAAAUAACUCAUAGGAUGGGGUAAAAAAGCUGGCCUCCUGGAGGCAGACGAGCUGCAUUUAGGCAGGUCACCCUCAGGACUGAACAGCACUUGGCAUUUUGCUCCAGCUACACUGUAGCCAGUCACCUGUUAUAAACGUGACCACUGAAGCCACUGAUUGGCUGCCGUCAGUAGGUACCAGAUCGCCGGGCUUGAAGAGUUACCUGAAAAGACAUGACGGGAAGUUGCCCUCUCCCCUUGUGUCCUGAAGCUCUUACCAUCCCAGCUUGACACUGGCAUUAUUCUGCAUCUUCUACGAAGACCUCAGCCGUCAGAAUGAACCUCAUAGUGGCAAAGCUGCUGUGCUUGCUGGCGGUGUUUGUGUUGAUGAUGUUGGGUUCUCUCCUCCCAGUGAAAAUGAUGGAGGCAGACUCUGAGAAGGCUUCUCGCUCUCGGAGGGUCCUUGCCUUGUGCAAUUCUUUUGCUGGAGGCGUAUUUUUGGCUACUUGCUUCAAUGCGCUUCUACCCACAGUGAGAGAAAAGUUUUUCGAGGUUCUGAAGAUGGCGAACAUCAACACAGAUUAUCCACUGGCUGAGACUAUAAUGCUAGUUGGGUUUUUCCUCACAGUCUUUGUGGAGCAAGCUAUUCUGACAUUCAGGAAAGAGAAGCCUUCUUUCAUUGACAUGGAAACGUUUAAUGCAGGAUCUGACGCUGGCAGCGACUCUGAAUAUGAAAGCCCUUUCAUAUCUUCUAACAGAGGCCAUAAUUUAUAUGAAGUUGGCCACAGUCACCACUCUCAUGGCUUAAAUAUCCAAGAGCUGUCCCGUUCAAGUCCACUUCGACUCUUCAGCUUGGUGUUCGCGCUCUCUGCCCACUCGGUCUUUGAGGGCCUGGCACUUGGCCUUCAGGAGCAGGGUGAUAAAGUGCUAAGCCUUUUCAUUGGUGUUGUCAUCCAUGAAACACUAGUAGCAGUGGCACUUGGAGUCAGCAUGGCUAAGGUGAACAUUCUAUUUCGAGAUGCAGCUAAGAUGGCCAUAUUAGUAAGCAUUAUGAUUCCCAUUGGCAUCGCCAUUGGAAUGGCGAUUCAGAGUGCCCAAAAUUUGGCUAGCAGUAUUACCUCUGCUUUGCUGCAGGGCAUUGCAGGAGGAACUUUUUUGUUUGUUACAUUUUUUGAAAUUUUGGCGAAGGAGCUGGAAGAUAAACAUGACCGAUUAUUAAAAGUGCUUUUCCUGGUUCUUGGGUACACUGUUCUAGCAGGACUUGUCUUCUUCAAAUGGUAACAGAAGAUGGAGUGUAGUUACAGAAAAUAUUUCUAUGUGUACAUACC